AUGAACCAGGACACAAACAUGAAGAAGGAUGGGCAGAGACCACGUGGGUCUCUGCUCCCUGACCUGUUUCCUGUUUGGAAAGAGUUCCAGCUUCAUCACGGAGUUUCUCUCGGUUUGUGGGCUCAUCUAAAGGACCAACGUGGAUCGAGAAGUCAGCGCUCUCAGGAGGCCGACAAUUUCGUUGAAGAAAGAAGUGGAAGAAAAAAAUACAACCGUGACGAGUUUGGGAAAGAUUUUACUGUGAAAGCUUCCCUAAAAAUGCAUCAGGUCAUCCACACCGGAGAGAGACCAUUCAGCUGUGGAGACUGUGGAAAGUCCUUUACCAGGUCUGGAAACUUAAAAACACACCAACUAAUCCACACUGGAGAGAGACCAUUCAGCUGUGACGAGUGUGGAAAGUCUUUUACCCACUCUGGAAGCUUAAAAACACACCACCUAAUCCACACUGGAGAGAGGCCGUUCAGCUGUGGAGACUGUGGAAAGUCUUUUACACAGUCUCGAACAUUAAAAACACACCAACUCAUCCACAGUGGAGAGAGACCGUUCAGCUGUGGAGUCUGUGGAAAGUCUUUCACGCAGUCUGGAAACUUAAAAACACACCAACUAAUCCACAGUGGAGAGAGACCGUUCAGCUGUGACGAGUGUGGAAAGCGUUUUACCCACUCUGGAAACUUAAAAAUACACAAACUCGUCCACAGUGGAGAGAGACCGUUCAGCUGUGGAGACUGUGGAAAGUCUUUUACCCACUCUGGACACUUAAAAACACACAAACUCGUCCACAGUGGAGAGAGACCGUUCAGCUGUAGAGACUGUGGAAAGUCUUUUACAGCGUCUCGAGAAUUUAAAACACACAAACUCAUCCACAGUGGAGAGAGACCGUUAAGCUGUGGAGACUGUGGAAAGUCUUUUAUCCACUCUGGAAGCUUAAAAAGACACCAACUCAUCCACACUGGAGGGAGACCGUUCAGCUGUGGAGACUGUGGAAAGUCUUUUACCCUCUCUGGAAACUUAAAAAAACACCAACUCAUUCACACCAGAGAGAGACCUUUCAGCUGUGGAGACUGUGGAAAGUCUUUUACCCUCUCUGGAAACUUAAAAACACACCAACUAAUCCACACUGGAGAGAGACCGUUCAGCUGUGGAGACUGUGGAAAGUCUUUUACCCUCUCUGGAAACUUAAAAAAACACCAACUCAUUCACACCAGAGAGAGACCUUUCAGCUGUGGAGACUGUAGAAAGUCUUUUACGCAGUCUAGAAACUUAAAAACACACCAACUAAUCCACAGUGGAGAGAGACCGUUCAGCUGUGAUGAGUGUGGAAAGUCUUUUACGCAGUCUGGAAACUUAAAAGUACACCAGCUCCUCCACAGUGGAGAGAGACCGUUCAGCUGUGACGAGUGUGGAAAGUCUUUUACGCACAUUUCAAACUUAAAAUCACAUCAACUAAUCCACAGUGGAGUUAAAGCGUACACCUGUGAUCAGUGUGGCAGAUCUUUUACUCACAGUAACAGCUUACAGAGUCAUCUAGUUACCCACUCUGGAAUUAAGGCGUACAGCUGUGACAUUUGUGGAAAAACUUUCAGCCGGAUAGGGAGCCGAAAUAAACACCUACGCAUUCACACCGGACAUGAUGUGUACAGCUGUGAUCAGUGUGGUAAACAGUUUUCUACAAACACAGAGUUACGACGUCACAUGUUUACCCACACUGAGGAACGACCUUAUAAAUGUGACCUGUGUGAGAAGACUUUUAAAUCUCCACGUUACCUGAAAGCACACCAACAGAUCCACACCAGAAAGACUCUACAAGUGCAGUUACUGUGAGGUAUGUAUUUAUAUUUU